GUUGAUGGAUGUUUCAAAAAGAAAAUUGUGUCAAUAUCAUUUGUAUAUUGAUAAUUUUUUCACAAGUCCUGAUCUGCUCGUACAUUUGAUGAAAAACGGUCUAAAGGCAACUGGUACUGUACGACGAAACAGAAUAGAAAUAAAGCAUGAAUUUGACAAGAAAGCUGUAAAAGCGGCUUCUGUCAGUCCUAUCAAACCCCUCAAAAGGUAUUCAUCCGAUGUUCGUAAUAAAGCAGAAAUUCGGUUUCCUUCAGCUUUUGUUGCUUACAAUAAAUUUAUGGGUGGUGUGGAUACCCAUGAUUUUAGAUGCAAAAAAACUGUACCAAAAAUAAAUUCAAAAAAGUGGACAUGGUCAGUUUUUAUUUGACUAAUACAAUCAUCCAUUGUAAAUGCAACGGUUAUUUACAAUAUUUGCAAAGAAGACGGUAAGGUAAAAACCAAAACCAUGGCUAUGAAAGUUAGCGAGUCAUAUUUAUUGGGUAAGUCAAGAAAUUUGAUAGAGCAUAAAUUUGAUUCAAAAGCAAGACGAGUUUGCUCUGUAGAAAAGUGUAUUUUGCGAACGACACGGUAUUGUUUAGAUUGUAACAAUUACUUUUGCGUUAAUUGUUUCCAAAUUAUUCAUAAAUGAAACGCAAAAUACCAUGAAAGACGGUAAGGUAUUUGAAGAAUAAA